AGGAGUUACUUUGGUGGAAUGCGGACUUUGAUCAAGUAAUGUUACUAUAAAUAGAGUUUUGAAAAUAGGAUAAUGUCAUUAGCGAAAAUCGUUACGAAGUAUACAUUACUGUUACAUUACGUUUUUUUAUCUCAACUGUAGUCUAAACGGUGCAUUAUUCAAAGAUGAAUGAAAGUCACGUCCAAACAACUUUAUCACUGAUCAAUGAACGAAGACGCAUUUCCAAAAGCAUCGUCCUGGAUGGGCGUAAACUCAGUAUAUCGGAAGUGCUUGCGGUAAUUUCAGACCCGACAUUGACUGUUCAGCUUUCAGAGGUCGCUUUGAAAGAUGUUGCCGCUAAUGCGGAAUAUCUAAAAGGAAAACUGAACAAUGGUCUUGUCGUGUACGGAAUUAACACAGGUUUUGGAGGAAGCGCUGAAGUUCGAUCAUGGCAACUUAAAAAUGUCCAGAAGGCACUGAUUCGCCAUAUAAAUGUUGGAAUGGGGCGCGUCUUUCCAGCCGAACUGGUCAAGGCCGCAAUGGUAACAAGAGCAAACUGCUUAAUCAAAGCGUACUCAGGUGUACGACCAAUAGUUCCAGCAACACUUGUUGAACUGAUAAAUAACGACAUAGCACCACAGGUUCCGCUUAGAGGAUCUGUCAGCGCAAGUGGUGAUUUGAUGCCGCUGGGUUACAUUGCUGCUGCUAUGAUAGGCAGAGAAGAUUUGACUGUUACAAAACGUGGAACUGUGAUGUCAUGUCCGCAAGCAUUAGAAGAAUCUGGUAUUACUCCUGUAGAACUUGGACCGAAGGAGGGUCUUGGUAUUGUUAACGCUACUACCUUUACAGCAGGAAUGGCAGUACCGGCUGUCUACGAUGCUAAUUUACUAUUACUCCUCACACAGAUUUGUACUGGACUUUCCCAUGAAGCUUUACAUGGCAGGACUGAGAGUUUCAAUCCUGUUAUACACAAUUGCCUGCCGCAUGUUGGACAGAAAGAGAUUGCGCGUAACAUGCUCACCGUUCUUGAUGGAAGUAAGAUGGUCAUAACAACAUUAGACAUGCAUUUGCCAGAUAAAUACGGGGUUUUGAAGCAAGAUCGAUACAGCUUAAGAAGUUCUCCGCAAUGGCUGGGUUCUGUGGCUGAGACAUUGAAAGACACAUGCAGAAGACUCACAAUAGAACUUAACAGUGCAACUGAUAAUCCUCUCAUUGAUCAUCGUACAGACACAGUUGUACACUGCGCAAAUUUCCAAGGGGAAACAUUGUCAAUUGCAAUGGACCAGACCCGCCAAGCUCUCGGUGUCUGCGGAAAAAUACUAUUUGCACAGUUUACGGAAGUCGUCAAUUCCAAGAUGAACUUUGGGCUGCCUCCAAAUUUGAGUGGUUGUGAUAUCAACACAGACUUCGGAUUCAAAGGUUGUGACAUAGCCAUGGCUUCGUAUAUGUCUGAGCUUGACCACUUUGUAAACCCGAUGAGCAACCACGUGUUGAGUGCAGAAUGUCACAACCAGUCUAUCAACUCGAUGGCUUUAGUAAGUGCGCGUUUCACUACUGAAGCUGUUGAAAUUCUACAGAUGAUGGUAGCUAAUAUCCUGCUGCUCACUGUACAGGCAGUCGACUUACGCCAUAUCCGUAACCUUGCUUUGAAAGAAAUUGAUGAGUUGGUGCAAAAAGUUCCAGAAAUAGCUAAGGAUAUGAAGGACAUAGAGUGGUACGACCUCCUGUUCUUCUCUGAGACGAAAGCUGCUGAGCUAUCGAACGGUCGGACAGUGGAUGAACAAAUGGUUAUCAAAGAGUACGUGUCACACAGACUCGCAAACCUGUACAAACAGGCGUGCACUGGUUCAAUUGAUGUCUCAGGACUGAUGGGAAAAGGUACAAAGAGGAUGUACAGCUUUAUUCGAAAAGAGUUACAGAUUCCAUUCUACUGCGGACAAAAUGGUAUAGACAAAUAUCUGGGUAAAAUUCUGAAGGCAAUACAAAAUCGAGACAUCGAGGACAUUCUCGUUGAAACAUUUACCGAAGAGAUGGCAUCUUCAAGGGCCAGAAAAAACAGUGAAAGUGGUUAAUGAUAAAGGAAAGAGAAAUACAAUUACCUAAAUGUUGCUUAUAAAUGACUAUUUCCUUUUUAUGCAUGAAAAAGAAAUAUAAAGAUUUGGAGAAGUGUUUGUAUACUCUAUGUGUAGACUAAAAAAAAAAUGACUUGCUAGCCACAAUGAUAAUAUGCUUAAAAUUAGAGCGUGAGAGGCUGAAAUUGACAUCUUCAAAAUAUUCCCGUAACUGUUCAAGUAUGAAAUCUCAACCUCACUCUUAUUCAUUAUGCGUGUUGUCUCACAAACAUUUUGUUUCAUUAAUUUAAUUGUUUGUUUUAACGAAGUCUGUAAAAGAUGUAGAUCUAGCAUAAUAAAGAAACGCAAAACAUA